GCCCAGGUCCCGGCGCCCAGAGUCGCCGCGCGGCCGCCGGUGAGCUGCAUGGAGCCCCGGGCGGCGGACGGCUGCUUCCUGGGCGACGUGGACAAAGUCACCCAGGCCGUAGUGCAAUGGCACGAUUUCGGCUCACUGCAACCUCCACCUCCUGGGUUCAAGUGAUUCUCCUGCCUCAGCCUCCAUAGUAGCUGGGAUUACAGGCAUGGGCCACCAUGCCCGGCUAAUUUUUGUAAUUUUAGUAGAGAUGGGGUUUCACCAUAUUGCCUGCCUCGGCCUCCCAAAGUGCUGGGAUUAGAGUUUUGAGCCACUGCACCUGGCCAGAAAUAGCGUAUUUAUUUAUUUAUUUUUGAGACAGAGUCUCUCUCUGUCACCCAGGCUGGAGUGCAGUGGUGCGAUCUCAGCUCACUGCAACCUCUGUCUCCUGGGUUCAUGCGAUUCUCGUGCCUCAGCCUCUGAGUAGCUGGCACUACUGAAGCACCAUGGAUUACAGCCACCAUGCCUGGCUAAUUUUUGUAUUCUUAGUAGAGACAGGGUUUCCCCAUGUUGGCCAUGCUGGUCUCGAACUCCUAACCUCAAGUGAUCUGCCCGCCUCGGCCUCCCAAAGUGCUGGGAUUACAGGUGUGAGCCAGCGUGCCUGGCCUAGAAAUGGCUUGUUUGACUCAGCAUAAUGUCCUCAAGGUUCAUCCAUGUUGUAGCAUGGGACAGGAUUUCCCUCAUUCCCAACGCUGAAUAAUAUUCCACUGGACACUUGGAUUGUUGAGAAUACUGCUGCUAUGAAUGAACUGCCAUACAGUCUUCCACAGUGGCUGGACCAUUUUAUAUUCCCAUCAUCAGUGCACAAGAGCACCACUUUCUCCACAUUCUCGCCAACACGUAUUUGGUUUUUUUUGAUAAUCCUAACAGGUUUCUGGGUGGAGCGGACCCCUGUGCACGAGGCAGCCCAGCGGGGUGAGAGCCUGCAGCUGCAACAGCUGAUCGACAGCGGCGCCUGCGUGAACCAGGUCACCGUGGACUCCAUCACGCCCCUGCACGCAGCCAGUCUGCAGGGCCAGGCGCGGUGCGUGCAGCUGCUGCUGGCGGCUGGGGCCCAGGUGGAUGCUCGCAACAUCGACGGCAGCACCCCACUCUGCGAUGCCUGCGCCUCGGGCAGCAUCGAGUGUGUGAAGCUCUUGCUGUCCUACGGGGCCAAGGUCAACCCUCCCCUGUACACAGCGUCCCCCCUGCACGAGGCCUGCAUGAGCGGGAGUUCCGAAUGUGUGAGGCUUCUUAUUGACGUCGGGGCCAAUCUGGAAGCGCACGAUUGCCAUUUUGGGACCCCUCUGCACGUUGCCUGUGCCCGGGAGCAUCUGGACUGUGUCAAAGUGCUGCUCAAUGCAGGGGCCAACGUGAAUGCGGCAAAGCUUCAUGAGACGGCCCUUCACCACGCGGCCAAGGUCAAGAAUGUUGACCUCAUCGAGAUGCUUAUCGAGUUUGGCGGCAACAUCUACGCCCGGGACAACCGCGGGAAGAAGCCGUCUGACUACACGUGGAGCAGCAGCGCUCCCGCCAAGUGCUUCGAGUACUACGAAAAGACACCUCUGACUCUGUCACAGCUCUGCAGGGUGAGCUUGAGGAAGGCCACUGGCGUCCGAGGGCUGGAGAAGAUUGCCAAGUUAAACAUCCCGCCCCGGCUCAUUGAUUACCUCUCCUACAACUGAAUUGCAGGCGGGGUCCUGACCGUGACUGCCCCCGUUGUGCCCAGUAUUGCCCGGGUGAGGGCUCUGCCUGUUCCUCUGAAGCAGCGUGAUUGCUGUAGAUAGAACAACGCUCCUUCGAACCCCUUCCUGCGAUCCUGUUUAGGCUUCUCUCCUGGAUCCUGGAUAAUGUUUCCAGGGUGUUGGGAAGGCCUGCGUCUCAGGUCACAAUUGUGGGUGUGGCCCUGCGCUGUUCUACGGAACCUACCCUCUCAAUGGGCAUGGGCCCAACCGUCCAGUUUUCCUCUUUUACGGACCAUCCUCAAAGGCACUCUCAGGACAGACGGCGUGGGGAGCACAGAGGAGGCUGGCAGAGCUGGGGACUCAGGGCAUUGUUGCUGAUUCCCACUCGCCGGGGCAGCCUGCCGCAGAUGCACGGGCCCCAGGUGCAGGCCACCACCUCCGGGUCGGCACCAGGACUGCCCUCGGUGCUCAUAGGGAAUGGCUGGGCCCACGGAAGGUCGGCCUGGGAUGUGGCCUGGGACUGCUGCUCUGCUGGCUGCUGUGUGGAUGCUUUUCCUGGAGCACUUUCCAAGGCAUCCCCCAGCCCCGAGCCUGCGCACAUCCGUCACUCAGGGGCUUUCUAUGGGUCUUUGUGGGGGAAGGCCCUGGCUUUGUAUUCCCCACAAGUAGCACUGAGUUUCUUAGGAAAUUCGUCUUCAGUAUUAGGUCUCCAACUCUUGUAAAAAGUUUAUAUGUAGGAUAAAAACCUUUUAGAGGACACGUAGGUGGUACCACUAAGGUUUUGGUAAUGAGCCAUUCAAACCGACAGCAGCGUGAAGGUGUGUCAAGGUGUAUAUUCUCGUGGCUCGGCAUUCUCAGUGCAAAGGGCUGUUUGGAGACUCUGUGGGAAUUGUUUUUCAUCUGUUUCUAUGGUUGUCAAAUGAAUUCUUCACCCACCCUACAGUUAGCUAACUCCUUGAAGCUAUCAAAUUAGUAAGAGAGGCUGCCCGCACCCGGGGGGCACCAUCACCCACUUAUUAGUUGGUUUUGCGGAUACUCAUGGACCAUCUAUCACAUCCAGCAUUGUCCCAGUGCUUUGAGUUGGACGGGAAUGGGACUCUGCAGCCAAGGUAGGAUAAGAAAAUCUUGCAAUCCCGUCCUGCAGUGAUAGAAACAGGUCGUUCUGCAUUAUAAGCCAUAGGUGGAGCAUUCGGUAGCGUAUUCAGACUGCAUGGGCCAGCCUAGGAGUCUUUGUCUUCAUACAUUUUAAGAACCCCGCCCACACAGGGAGUUAAACUGGAGGACUUUGCAUGAUUAGUUCAGGGAUGAGUGGUUUCUGGGGCAUCUGAGGUCAGGAGUUCGAAACCAGCCCAGCCAACUUGAUGAAACCCCAUCUCUACCCGUUCUGGAGAACAGGUCACGCCUGUUCUGGAGACAGUGUGCCCGGAAAAGGGAACGUGGUACUCACUGGAUGCACCCAGGCCGGCCCGAGCCUCCCACCACAGACAGUGUGGAACAGAGUGAGCCUGAGCUGCCCAAGGCGAUGCCCUUCGUGCUGUAUGACUGGAGGCCUCUCCGCGUGGGUACUUGGGGGUGGGGCCACAAAUCUGACGAAAAACUUCAUGCUGGCCGCCGUGAGGUUUUUCUCCAGCGUUCCCGCCAUUGUCAUGGCGGUUCUUCGUCCUAAACUGAGAAGGAAAGCAUUCCUGUUUGAUCACCGCCUUAGUUACCAGUUCUGGAUCAGUCAGUGUUUCUGCAUGGAAUAACAACCAUUAAAAAAAGCAUUGGGUUCUGCCCUUUCAUCUUUGUAAGAGAUUCUUGCCUCUAGCAAUGACAUCCUGUGAUGUCUCACAGUAGAGCACUUAGCGCAGAAUCAGGUCCCCACGGCUGUUGCUCAAUAAAAGUGGCGGAAUAAAGUGCA